GGGCGCCAUCUACUCGCUCAGUGCUUGACUAUCGUCCGAAGGCCUGUGUACUCGCGAUUGUAUUACCAGAUUAUUGCGACAUUUCGUGUGACAAUUUGAUUCAAGUGUAUCGUGCCAUAUAACAAAGUGACCAGUGCACGCUGUAGAACGGACACAAAAAGAAUGGACAGGCUGCUGAAAGAUAUGAAUGUGACGUGGCGAUGACAAGCCUGAUCUUGGAAAACGCAGACUUGAACCGACUUUUCCCAAAAUGUCGGCCUAGGGGUGGCCCACCCCCGAGUCCGGGGGCCUCCACGCAGAUCAGUCAGCCGCAUGAGAGCCUCUGCCAAAAGGAGGCCGCCUCUGUUACCACCAACCUCACGACUAGCCUCACGAGUACAUUCGCGACUACGUUCGCAAACACUCUCACAACCACCCUCGCAAUCGCCUCCAAGAACACACAUUCGAACCACUCACGCGCGAUACCGGAAGACAUGAUCGACCUCGAGCGCGAUAUUUCCGAUAGGGCAACGAGCAUGGUGUCCAGUUUCGCAGGUGAUAGUCAGCUAUCCGUUGGAGUCAGCGGUGGCAAUGGCAGUAUUAGUGGUCCACUUGGAACAUUUAGUUCACUUGGCACACUUAAUGCAAAACCACUUUCUUCGAGCUCCUCUUCUGCCUCUGGACGCAGUGAGGAUGCUCCACAGUAUGGUAGCCUUCCAGGUAGUGACCACCAGGGUCACUCGCAACAAGAUGAUAGUGGACCUGAAGAAAGUCCUGUGUAUAUUUUAACAUCUGCCAAGGGUGACUUCAGUUACAAAUUAACAGAUUCCAGAAUUAUAGAAAUUGCUGGUGGGCGAGAAGUUUUUUCUCAAAGCAGGGGUAAAGUAGCAGCUAGAAAAUCACGCUUCCUUGCUGCAUCAAAUUCCUUAAAUAACGAAGAUACUCAAACAGAUAACAAGUUGUCAGUUAAAAGAAAUAAUAAAUCUCCAAACACGCAGACUAUAUGGGAAUUAAGGAGCCGAUGUGGUGACACAAGAAAGCAGCGCUCCAAUAGAGAAGUAACAGAAACUGUAUUUGCUUCAGAAAUACAUUCUGUGCGACAUAAUCCAACAAAAUCUAUUCUUGACUAUGAUUCUCCUAAAAGCAAUCACACCAAUCGUAUUAUUAAUUACGAUUCAAUUCUGAAUAGCAAUAAUGUAGAAUAUGGUGUACCAAAAAAUAUUACGGAUAUUGAUUAUGGAUUAUCAAAAAGCUGCAUAGAUUAUCAAUCGAAUCACACUACUCCAGCAAGAAGCAUGGCUAUAGUCAGUGAUGGUGAAGUAGUCGUUUUCGACGACAUUGAUGAUAAUUGGCAAAAUUUACGACUAGAUUUAUCCUCUAAUAACACAAACCAAGUUACAUCUACUAAUUUAAAUCAUGAGUCUGAAGAGUCUCAAAGAGGCCGUAUUCCUCCAGAACCUCUGAGUUCUAGUAUUGGAAGCAGUCCAAGCCCGACGACGGCAUAUCAUCGUAAUACUUCAGAAUUCUUCAAGGUCAUUACACCAGCUAGUGAUUGCGAAGUAGAUUCACCAUCUUCAGAACGUAAUCACAAAGUAGCAAGAGUAAUUGGUGAAUUACCAAUAGCACAGUAUUCAGAAAGUCCAAGACGUUAUGGAGUGCGCGAUACUCAACUUCCUUGCCUUUUAUCGUCACCAUCUGUGUACAUGACACCAAGACCUGGCUUUCCACAAAGAGUGUUACCAACAACACCAAGUCACAAUGAGAAGGAAGAUACUUCUACAGACAUUAUCGUAGAAAAGGCUGUGGUAGAAACAAAUAUGAAUUAUUCAGAUGAUCAAGCAAUAGAUGCUUCUCCACCAUCUCCAAAACUCGAAGAUGAAGAAGAAGACUCUUUAAAACCGUCAACUUUACCCACUGAUAAUAUCAGCAAUUUAGUAUCAUCUGGUGGUAGCACAUUUGAUUAUUUAUAUGAGUUUUCAGAAACUCGAAAAGUGCUAGAAGAAUUUUUUAAGUGUCCACCACCAUCAAAAGAAAAGGAAAACAGCACAGAAUCUUUCCCAUUUCAGGAUCUUGAUUAUGAACUUCGAAGACAAGGAGGAAGUGCUUAUGUUGGUCAACGUUUAGCAAGUGGACCACCAACCACAGAAGAAGUUUUGGUACAUGAAUCUCCCAAAAAACAAAGAACUGAUUACUCGCAAAAUACUGGUGAGCAUGAAAACAAUUUCUUAGAUCUUUCGGUUGGCACUGGUAGCAGUGAAGAUCUUGGAGAAACAGAAGUUGGACUGCAAGUCGGACAUUCUCGCAAUUUUACGUUAAGUCCUGAAAUGACUGAUUGUGAUAGUAACUGCGGAGAUCUUGAUAGCGAAGUUUCCUUAAUGAUGAUGGAUAAUGAAUUGAUACCAGCCAGUGGGCUUCUUGGAUCUGUCGGCGACUUAGGAAAUAAUUCAGAUUCAUUACGAAUAUACACUAGCAUGCCGGUUCUUGAGGAUGGUUUGUCCAGCGGUCAUGCUAGUGAUACUGAUAAUAAUAAUCCAACGGUAAUGUUAAUGAAACGACAGAUUAAUGAAAUUGAGAAGGAGAUUAUUCAAAGAAGUCGCGUAAACGACACUGGCUAUCCUACUGCAGCGGAAAACGAUUCGACCGGAAAUGACCUUUCCGGUUUAACCGUCAGCAAAGAUAUUUUACAUUCUUUAAAAUCUUCAUCACCUGAUUUGUUUGUUCCUAAAAAAGAAAAUUCGUAUGACGCAAAUGAAUUACAACUUGAUGGUCUGGAUCCUCUUGGUACACCUCCACCUCCAGCACCUCAAGCUAGACAAACAGUCAAUUUAGAAAUAGGUGGCGAAGUCGAAGCUGCUAUUAAAGAUAUUAGAAUGGCAUUGCAAAGGACUAAGACUUUACCUGUGAAACCUUCAACGGAAGAACCCCUGGAACCUAAUGUCAGUCCUAUUUGGAUACCAAGUUUAUCGGAUGGCAGGCGGAGGAUUUGCGUAGAAAAUAAUAGUGAAGAUUCGGAAAUGCGACGUGCGGGUGAAGAAGCAGACGUUGAAAUUGAGGAAGGGCCAGACGAAGAAGAGGCAGAUACAGAUCUCGAAACUGAUCGUUUGCUUGGUCAACAAAGAACAGAUGAUCAGGGCUUUUACGAUGAUAAGGGGUGGAGGAAGCCUAAGACUAGGACAAUGUUACCACCGAUGAGUGGAAAACUGUCAACACCUAAACAAACUCCCCCGAAAAGCCUAACUGUCGCUCCGGUAGAAAGCCCGCUAGUACCUGCAGAACCUUUAGCUUCAACCUCUGCCUGUGUAUCCACUUCCGCUUCAGCCUCUGUUUCGCCUCCUCCAGUAGUUUCCAUUAUUCAGCCACCACCAUCCGAUUGUGAUGUUACCACUCCUACGCAACUCACAACAAGUCCGCAGAAGACUCCAGCAAAAAAUUCUCCCUCGUCCCCUCAGAGUCUCAAGGAAUCCAGCAACAAGGUGAAAAAGGAUAAAGAAGAGAAGAAAAAAAGCAGAAACAAAGAAGCUCUCCUCGAUGAUCCUUCAGUUUUGAUCGAGGGUGUCCUGUUUCGAGCGAGAUACCUCGGAUCUACGCAGCUCGUGUGUGAAGGUGAACCCACUAAAUCUACCCGUAUGUGCCAGGCGGAGGAAGCUGUAUCCAGGAUAAAGGAGGGGCCACUGGCUACGGGUAUGCAAGCUACGCAGUUAAACUAUGGGGGGCAGCAUGGUUUCGGUCGAUGCAGCAUUGCCUCGCAAGGAAGCCUCGAGGAAGAUGAAUGCGACUCGAGCGAAGAACUUAUAGGGAACGCGUCCGGUGGAGGCCAGUCCGAGUCACAGACUGCGGGCCUUCAACCGAAGCUAGCCCCAAUCAGUGGCUCUAUGAAGCCAACCACCGUUUUCAGGCUCCACUUUCUCGGCUCGGUUGAAGUUGAAGAGGAAGGGAGACGUAAGCGCCUUAACAACCACAUAGUGCGGGAGGCUGUGACUAAGAUCAAGGCAUUGGCACCGGAUGGCGAAACGCAACCGAGCACAGAGGUUGACCUCUUCAUUUCGACAGAGAAGAUCAUGGUUCUGAAUACAGACUUGAAGGAGAUCAUGAUGGAUCAUGCGUUAAGAACGAUAUCUUACAUAGCGGAUAUCGGCGACGUGGUGGUGCUGAUGGCGAGAAGACGAUUCGUGCCGCACGAAGUCGAAGAGGCACCGAAGAUCAAUCGAACUCCGAAAAUGAUUUGUCACGUGUUCGAAAGUGAGGAGGCUCGAUUUAUCGCGCAAAGCAUCGGACAGGCGUUUCAAGUGGCAUACAUGGAAUUCCUUAAGGCGAAUGGGAUCGAGGAUCACAGUUUCGUGAAAGAAAUGGAUUACCAGGAGGUCCUCAAUUCUCAAGAGAUAUUCGGCGAUGAAUUGCAGAUGUUCGCCAAGAAGGAAAUGCAAAAAGAGGUGGUGGUACCAAAGGCAAAGGGAGAGAUUUUAGGUGUGGUGAUUGUGGAGUCUGGAUGGGGCUCGAUGCUACCAACGGUAGUAAUCGCGAACCUGGCACCAGCUGGUGCGGCAGCUCGUUGUGGACAGUUAAAUAUUGGUGAUCAGAUAAUAGCAAUUAACGGAGUCUCGUUAGUUGGUUUACCACUCUCCACUUGUCAGACUUACAUCAAGAAUUCGAAAAAUCAGACAGUUGUCAAGUUGACCGUUGUUCCGUGCGCGCCAGUAGUCGAGGUGAAAAUCAAGAGACCCGACACCAAGUAUCAAUUAGGAUUUAGUGUACAGAAUGGAGUAAUAUGUAGUCUAUUGAGGGGUGGGAUCGCCGAAAGGGGUGGUGUUCGAGUGGGCCAUAGGAUCAUCGAAAUUAACAAUCAAAGUGUCGUUGCCGUGCCGCACGAAAAGAUCGUCAAUCUUCUUGCCACAUCAGUCGGAGAAAUACUAAUGAAGACGAUGCCCACGUCGAUGUUUAGGCUGUUAACUGGCCAGGAGUCUCCAGUGUAUAUAUAAGCGUUUGGUUACCUGGCUGAUAUGCGUAGUGGACAGACAAUACAUUCGCCAUCCAUUACCAAACUAUUCACUACUUUACUCUCUGUACAGAUUUAUUCGUCGCAGAUCGCUUUCUGUUUGGAUUCUUAUGGAAUUCUAUUCGUAUACUCUCACCAGCUCCUGCUUAGCAAAGCAACAAAACUUACGUAAACACGUUGCGACAAACAUUAAUAUAUUGAAUAUUUACAUAAAGCAGAAGAAUAUAUAUACACGUAAUAUAUACAUAAAUAUUUUAUUUAUGAAUGGGAUUCUCGGUGUCUGUCUUUCAAUUAACUAGUCGAGUAUGUUACUGCGAUAACACCGAUUAAAUACAGAAAGAGUUUUUAGUAAAUUCUUUCUUUUAUGCAUUCUUAUGACAAAUGAACUAAUUUAAAAUAAUUGGUUUCGAUUAUUUAAAAAAAAAAAAGAAACAAAUAUAUUUAAAGCACUGGCGUUUAAUAUUUUAUACUGUCUCAUUGUCUUUGAGAAAGAUGGUUUUUUUCAGGUUUUAUGAAUAUGAAUUCGAAAACCAGACAGACUAAUUUAUAUGAUUUAUGUGAGAAAUAAGAGACUCUGUAAUUCAUAAUAACAUACAUUUUUAUAUAUGUUACAAUGUUAUAUCAAAAUAUAACUUAUUUUCACUUCAUACCCGCCUGCUUCAUUUUCGGAUUAUAGAACAAAUGUGUUCAAAAUAUAUAAAAAGAAAUAAAAAAGUAAUGUCAAGUUCACACAUUGUGAUUUGGAACUGCAGAUUGUCAAUGAAAUAUUCUUUAUACCAGUAUCCUACCUCGGCCAGUAUAAAUACAUACUCGUAAAUCAACACAAUUUUGGUUCUAAAAUCUAUAAAGUGAGAACAGUGCUAUGAGAAAUAUAUUCUUCUUACUUCCACUUCGGAUCUUUGGUUUAUUACUGCGAAUGACAUUUAUGUUAAUAUAACAUAAUUAUAAUGUACUUCAGCAUUCAAACCAUCUUUUUCAAAAUACUAUGUGUAAUCUGUAGACUAUGGAUGUUAUGCAUUUAUCGAAAAUGUUGGUGUGCGACAUAGCAAAAUAAGAACCUAAAUAAUAUUUUUGUUUUAGCUUUACCUAAUAAAAAUGUAUUUCUAAAAAUGUGUAAAUUUCAUAAACAUCUGUAGUAUUUUUAAUAUUUUUAUUUUUUCAAAAUUGAAUGAUUGUUAAAAUUCGUUUCACAUAAAAUCAGAUGCAACAUAUAAUAAGUUGGAUAUUUUUGUGAAAUUGAUGUAAUAUUUUAGAAGGAAGAAAAAUACAUACAAAAAGAAGAUGAACCAUUGAUCAAAUAGAUUACAUGGGAAAAUCUUACUUAUAAUCGAGAGAAUUUGAGUUUCCUCUUAAUGAAAUCAGCAUUGAGAAUCACAUUCCAUACCCAAUAAGAAAAACAAAGUAUGCAAUGCACACGAUUAUACAUAGCACAAAGCUCUUUAUCAACGUUAGAGCAGGGCUGGAACUUUCUGUACAUUACAUAGUUAACGAUGUAAUAUGUUUCUACGUGAGUCUUUACAUAUUUUGUUGGCUCCAGAAAAAUGAAUUCACAUCGUUUACUUAAUCAUUUUUAUCGUCGGGUCGCGAUGCCCUAGUAUCUUAAUUUGUACGUAAAUUAAGACCUAUUAUCGAUUAGUUGGUAUUUUCGAUGCGUCGUCUCGUGAUAAGUGUCACGGUAGUUAUACGGAAGAGUACUCUAUGUAUAAUAUCUUAUUUUUAUCGAAGCACUUUUUACUGUAACUUUUUUUUGUACGACUAUCUCUGUUGAUAGAGGAUCACUUUCCGCAGUUAUUAGCAAUACCUUGAAUUGAGCAGUACUACGCACGAAUUUAAAGAAAAAAAACUGGCAAGGAACGUUUAUUGGCCGCAAUUAAUUGAUCGCAAACAUAUUUUCAUAAGAUUUGUCAAUAUGAUUUGAAUUUUAAUAUAAGUAUGAUCUGAUAAAUGCGCUUAUAGACUAACUCUACUGCUUUCCAAAGCUAGAAAAAGUAAAUAAUGACAAGAACUAUUUUUAAUUUUAAUAAUUUAAUUUCUCCGAACACAAAUUUUUGUAGUGUAUUAAAUAUCAUAACAUGUUUAGUACCAUCAUAAAAAAAAUCCCAUUUUUUGGUAAAGUAUUUCACUUACAAUAUAUAUAUAUAUAAAUUUUAUUUGUGAAAAGAAGGCUACACAAGGAUUUCUGAAUAUUCUUCCCACACUGUACGCAUUUAACAGAUUACUACUGUAGUGUUGACUAGCAUGUUUAUGACUCAUGUUUAAAAUUUGAACAUGAUGUUUAAAACCACAAAAAAUUUCCUUUCAAUUAUAAUUCAUGAAAAAUGAUGAGUGUUUGAAAGAUUACUGCAGCUUUUGAAUCUUCUUAGUAGCUACAUUUUUCCAAUGCUUGUAACAAACACUAUUAAUAACUACCGGAGUAAUUCUAUGAUCUACAAAGCAACGUCUCUGUGUAACAUACUGCGUAAAAUUAAACGCACUUAUUUUUAUUACUGUUGAACGAUGAUGUUCAUUGAAAAUCGUCGGUUGUAAGAAGCAAUAUUAUUAACUAUGUCAUUCUUUAAUCGUUAAUGUAACCAAACGAGAACAAUCUUAAUUAAAUAAUUGUAUGUACAAGCAUUUUACGAUUACCACAUGAUUAAUAUGUUCUUGCAUACUUGAUUAUCUAGAAAAAUACUCUCUAACGUGUCGAAAUACGUAAUCAGAUUGAACAAAGAAAAAGGGAAAGUACCGGUCUCGCUUUUGUGUAAUAUUGCGACUGAAAGAUCAUUAGAAUUAACGAACGGUGAUCAAAAGAAUGCUAGUGCGGAGAGGAGUUCUCUUCUAUGUAAAUACCGCGAAUCCUAUUUAAUUCUAGGUUUCAUCUAUUUUGUGCUAAAAGUUUUUCACUUUUUGCUUCAGCUGUCGAGGGGUACGAUUUAAAGAUUUCUAACAGGAGUUUGAUAAAAUUUCAAUGCCAAAGUACAUUAAGCAAGAACUUCAGUGCGACGAUACGUCGAAACACGUAAUUUUCCCGAACCUGUAAGGUGAUGAACACAUCACUUCUAAUUUUCUUCAUUGUGCAUUUCAGCUUUCUACAAAUUAUAAUCGUCCUUCUUAAGCAUGAACGUUUUGUAUGGUGUACUAUUUGAUCGUGUGUCUUAAAAUAAUAAGGCAAUUCAGUAUUUAUAGAAAUGGACACUGACAAUUGAACACUAAAACUAGGAGAAAGAAAUCUGUAUUUGUAUUAUUUUUGUUUGUCACUGUUACUGUUUGCAAUUAUAUUUUUAUUUUUGGUUAA